AUGCAUGCAUCUGGUGAUCUUCGCAUGGGCUAUGUUGAAAUGGGCACACAUUAUUCAUGUAAAUUGUGGGUUUCAUGUGAUUCAUAUGAAAUCGUGGGUUUCUACGGUGUUACUCAAAUUGCUCAUAUUAAGCUCAACCAUGGAUUAUUGGCUGCUCUUGCUGAGCGUUGGAGACACGAGACAGUUGGAGACACGAGACACACACAUUUCAUCUAUCAGGUGGUGAGACGACGGUCACAUUACAAGAUGUUGUUGUUUUAUUGGGACUUAGAGUCGACGGGCCAGUUGUUAUUGGGAGUGGGUAGGAUUAGUGGGAUCAGGCAUUUUGGUCAUCUCAAUCCACCUCCUGUUAAUGCCCUAGAUGAGGUUCUUCAGUGUUAUGCUAGGGCGUAUAUUAUGGCCAUGUUUGGUAGCAUACUCUUCACUAGCACCACGGGAGACAACAUUCCACUAAUGUUUCUACCUUUAUUAGAAGAUCUACAGGCCACGCGAGACUUUAGUUGGGGUGGUGUCGUGUUGGGUUGCUUGUAUCGGAAUUUAUGUCGAAGGUGUAUGCAGGGUAUGAGACAGAUGGGUGGUUGUGUGUUGCUACUUCAGGCGACUUUGGCAUUGGUGGGGACUAGGAGAGCUGCUGCUUCUUCUUUGAGGGAUGCGGUUAAUGAUGCUGCUGACGAUGUUGCCCACAACUGA